AUGCCUUAUUACUCACAAGAAGACCCUUAUUAUCCAAAACUCAACAGAUACAACAACAACAACAACAAUAACCAAACCACAGUGGAGCCAUCGAGUCGAACACACUAUUCAAACUACGACCGAAACUAUGCCAACAGGGACAAAACAAAAGUUUACUACAGAAAAGUCGUCUAUGAAAAUUAUGUAUGGCCAGACAGAAGAGAGAACUCUCACUGUGAACAGAUUCUUCAUUACCACGAUCCUGUCAUUGAAGACGACGUUGUUUUUGACAGAACGUUGAGAAUUCUUCAAGAUAAUGCUCCAAGAGAGCCUUAUAGAAGACGGAGAGAUGAGUUGAAGAGUGUCAUCCAUUGGGGACAAAGAAAGUUGCUCAUGUCUGAAAUUGAAUUUCUCACAGAGUUUGGAUUUCCUGGUGCCACUGUUGUGUAUGCAGGAGCUGCUCCUGGUAAUCAUACAAACUUCUUGAGCGAGAUGUUUCCUGAUUUGUUUUUUGUUUUAGUGGAUCCAAGUCCUUUUGUGUGUCGACCAACAGACAAAAUUAAAAUAAUUAAUGAUUAUUUCACAGACGACCUUGCCAAAGAAUAUUCUGGAAAGAAUGUUUUAUUUAUUAGUGAUAUACGAACCGCAGAACCACAAAGAAUGAGUGAGGAUGAGGUUGAAAAAUGUGUUGCUUGGGACAACCAAGCUCAGAUGAACUGGCACCACUUGCUUAAACCAAAAAUGUCCAUGCUUAAAUUUCGAUUGCCUUACAAGUCUGACAUCACUCCGUUCAUGGAGUACUUGGAUGGUGAGAUUUAUUUACCAGUGUGGGGUCCUCAGACAACAUCAGAGACGAGAUUGAUUUGUAAGGGUGGUUGUGGUACAAAAAUUUAUGACACACAAAUGUAUCAAGAUCAAAUGUUUUUCUUCAAUACUAGAACUAGAGUUUAUUAUUAUCCACAUGAUGUCGAUGCUGUUGGAAUGGAUCAUUGCUAUGACUGUAGAUCAGAGGUUUAUAUUUUGGAAUUGUUUUUAAAAAGAUACAACAUGGUUGAGUAUGGAACAGAAACGGACGAAAAAAGGAGGAGAGAAAUUUUGAACAAAUCUGUUGCCGAAUGGUCUGAGAAAAUAUCCAAAGUCAUUUCAAGCAAAAACGUGACUUUGGCUACCUACGAAAAAGUUCCAAUCGUUUCUCAGAGACCAAAAGAGCUUCACAAGAUUUACGAAACUGACAAGAUUAGAGUUUCCAAGGAGACAAAGGACAAUCCCAAAAAACGUCGAAAUGAUGAUGUGUACAACAGCGACAUCAUACAUACAGAGUACGACAUUGCAUCAGAUGCCAUUACACAGACAGAAAAGAAAAAGAAGUGA